CACUUAAAAGUGUAUUAUUGUAUAUUCGUGGGGACAACCUGGAGAGUGUUCCUGCUCGGCCUGCGGCUGUUCUGGGAGGAGUCCCACAUACCUGGCAACACCGACGGGCGCUUUGUUAACACUUCAUUGAGCCAAGAUGGCAGAUUUCGAUGAGCUCAGCGAUGAAGAGAAGGUCCGUAUUUCGGCUAACUUUGUGAUGCACGCUCCUCCUGGAGAGUUCAACGAAGUUUUCAAUGAUGUGCGAAUACUGCUCAACAAUGAUAACCUUCUCAGAGAGGGCGCAGCUCACGCCUUUGCCCAGUACAACAUGGAUCAGUUCACCCUUGCUAAAAUUGAAGGAUAUGAAGAUCAGGUCCUGAUAACGGAGCAUGGAGACCUGGGUAAUGGCCGCUUCUUUGACCCUCACAACAAGAUUUCCUUCAAGUUUGACCACCUGAGAAAGGAAGCCAGCGACCCCCAGCCGCAUGAGGGCGAGUCGGGCCUCAGGUCCUGGAGAGACGCCUGCGAUUCUGCUCUCAGGGCCUACGUCAAGGAGCACUACCCCAGUGGAGUUUGCACCGUUUAUGGGAAAACAAUCGAUGGCCAGCAGACCAUUAUCGCUUGUAUCGAGGGCCAUCAAUUUGAGCCUAAAAACUUCUGGAACGGCCGCUGCCGGUCUGAAUGGAGGUUCAGUGUCUCGCAAUCUACAGCUCAGGUGGUUGGAGUCUUGAAAGUACAGGUAGGUGGAGAAAUGUUUAGGUGUAGUAUGAGUUUAGCUGUGAAGUUGGUUCUGUUUCACUUUAGCGUGCAUGUCUUCUGUCUUUCUUUCCAGGUACAUUAUUAUGAGGAUGGAAAUGUACAGCUGGUCAGCCAUAAAGAUGUACAGGAAGCACUGACCGUGUCUAAUGAGAGCCAGACUGCAAAGGAGCUUGUGAAAAUUAUUGAAGAUGCAGAGAAUGAUUACCAGGUGGCCAUCAGUGAGAACUAUCAGACCAUGUCGGACACCACCUUCAAAGCCUUACGCAGACAGCUCCCAGUCACCCGCACCAAGAUUGACUGGAACAAGAUCCUCAGCUACAAGAUUGGCAAGGAGAUGCAGAAUGCUUAGAGAACAGACGCUGUUUGGGUGGCGACAAGCGAAUGAGAAGAAGCCGAUGCUCGUGCAAAGAUGUGUGACGCACCGUAACGUACUGUAUGUCCUGCUAAAAGAGACGUUUGUUUGGGGUCUUUACAGAGAAUGACAGCUUCCGUUAUGCACUACGAGGGGAUGUCUUCAUUUACAACAACAUGUAACUGUCGCUCAUUUGCAAACAUAUUAUUUUUCAACAAAUAAAGCCUUCAGUGACACUGUGAAAGCUUGGGUCAUUCCUUGCUGUUCAAAUUCUUAGUCUCAUGGUAAACAAACAUAGUUUCUGAUCCCUCAGUGCUUCAUAAUGGACUCGCAUCCUCCCACAACCCCUCGACUAUCAUGUAGCAACUAAUUAACCCCCUCUAUAUAACAAAACUGAUAUUCUUUAAGAGCUUCCAAUACCCCCUAUAGUUUUUUAUGAACAGAAGGCAAAUACUGUAUGCAAUUUGAUUUAUUAGCAGAGACACUUAACAUUACCAAAUGAUUUGGUUUAGUCUAAUGUGUUUAUAUGUAUGCAUCUCUCUGGACGCAGGGUUGUAGCCAAAGCAUCAACUUUCUUUCACAUUUCCCUACUAUAUUCCCUCUUGAAGUUCUUUCUCUCGUCAUAGAUUUUGAAAGCCAUUUUUGGUUGUAAUCCCUCUAUACUCCCCUGGAAUGAUAAAAGUAUUGGUGUCCUCAAGCCAGCGGUUUGCCUUUAGCUUUUGCUAUAUUUUUUAUACAAUCAUUGUACAUUUAUUAUUCACGAAAUAAAAGUAUGAUCUUCAAGCAAUGUUGAUCAUUUGUGUGUUA